GCGGCCCGUGUGGGUAACGUGGAAGUCCGAGCCGCCGGCCGGCCGCGCUGGGGCUGCCACGAGGGUCUGGGCGGCGCGGGGCGGCCUUUCCGGGGAGGGAAUGACGGGGCGCGCGGGCGCCUGGGAGCCGACGGCGGUGUAGCCCGCCUUGCGCCCGGCCCGGAGCGUAGCGGCGGCGACGGCAGCGGCUGCCGGUCCCGGGAGGCCAGGGAGGGCCGCCGCCUCGAGCGGCCGAGCGCCGGCGCCAUGGCCCCCAUGGGCAUCCGCCUGUCCCCUCUGGGGGUGGCCGUAUUCUGUCUGCUGGGGCUCGGCGUGCUCUACCACCUCUACUCGGGCUUCCUGGCCGGCCGCUUGAGCUUCUUCGGCCUGGGCGGCGAGGCGGGCGGCGGAGCGGUGGGGCCCGCGGCCGGGGCCGACGGGGGCAUCGUGGACUUGCGCGAGAUGCUGGCCGUGUCCGUGCUGGCCGCGGUUCGCGGCGGCGACGAGGUGAGGCGCGUCCGCGAGAGCAACGUCCUCCACGAGAAGUCCAAGGGGAAGACGCGCGAGGGAGCCGAGGACAAGAUGACCAGCGGGGACGUGCUCUCCAACCGCAAGAUGUUCUACCUCCUCAAGACGGCCUUCCCGAGCGUGCAGAUAAAUACUGAGGAACAUGUGGAUGCAUCAGAUCAGGAGGUUAUCAUGUGGGAUCAUAAGAUUCCUGAAGAUAUCCUGAAGGAGAUAAGUACCCCUAAAGAGGUACCUGCAGAAAGUGUUACCGUCUGGAUUGACCCGCUUGAUGCCACACAGGAAUAUACAGAGGAUCUUCGAAAAUAUGUAACUACUAUGGUGUGUGUAGCUGUGAAUGGUAAACCUGUCCUAGGGGUUAUACAUAAACCCUUUUCUGAAUACACAGCUUGGGCAAUGGUCGAUGGUGGUUCAAAUGUAAAAGCUCGCUCUUCCUAUAAUGACAAGACUCCAAGUAUCGUUGUGUCUCGCUCCCACUCAGGGAUCGUCAAACAAGUUGCUCUUCAGACUUUUGGAAACCAGAGUACAAUCAUCCCUGCUGGUGGUGCAGGUUAUAAAGUUUUAGCACUCUUGGAUGUGCCUGACAAGAAUCAAGAAAAAGCUGACCUGUAUAUCCAUGUGACAUACAUCAAAAAGUGGGACAUAUGUGCUGGCAAUGCCAUAUUAAAAGCCCUUGGGGGGCAUAUGACUACUUUGAAUGGUGAAGAAAUCAGCUAUACUGGUUCAGAUGGCAUCGAAGGGGGACUGCUUGCUAGCAUCCGAAUGAACCACCAGGCUCUGGUCAGAAAACUCCCAGAGUUAGAAAAGACAGGACAUAAACAAGCCUAACUGAUUACAGGGUACAAACUCUUUUGGAGUGGAAAAGGUUAGCCUGAAACACGCUGCAAGUGUCAAGGGGUAUGUGGAGACUAUGCAUGGUUAAGGCCAUCUCGGACUUUUUAAAGUAUUUAUGAAGCAUCAGAGACUUAUUUUCCCUGGGACAGGAUGAAAGGUCAGGGAAAAUGGGUUGCUUCGUGUCUCAAGUAUUGUCUUUAUUUUUGAGACUAUUUUCGUACAGUUGUCAUACACAAGGCGCAUAUGUAUAUAAAUAUAUUUGUGAAUUAAAAUCUAUAGCUGAGUUUACAUUGUUAUGAAUCACCAUUUUCACAUAACAUGAACCUUCACUCUUUGUUAAUACUUUCAUAUGGAGUUUGGCUGAAGGAAGGGUUGAUUUUGUGAAGAUGUUUAGUGUAAUUAUAUCUCACUGACAAUAAAGUCAUUGGGGACUUUACUCCUAAUUUGGGUGGAAAGCACAACAAGCCACACACUCACAGAACAGAUGCUUUAUUUAACUGUUGUUGAAUAUUUCUAUGGAUUGAAAUGGAAGUAGCUUAAAAUUUUUUGUUUGAAAUUUUGAUAGCAAAUUCACCAGCUUGUAGAAAAUAGUAGACAUGUGGUGAUUUGCAUUGUAAUUAGAUUUCCUGUGUACAUGUAUGUAUGUAUAUGUGUUUUGCUUUGUAACGAAAAGUGUGUGUGUACCCAUGGGCUUAGCAUUUGUACCAUCUUGCUGUUGUUUUCGUUUUCCUGUGGAGGAUGCAUGAUUCCAUCCUUCCUCCUAACCAGCAGUUAGUAUUUAACUGAGAAAAUUCGGCUUAAAGUGUCGAGGUUAGCACUGUCAUUCUGGUUCAUUUUCUCAUUAGGUAUAAAAUAAUACUGUAAGACACCAUAAGUAUAUAAAUGAUUGUUUAUAGUUUAAAGUUACUUGACAUGAUGUGGACUGAACUAGCUUUCAUUAUUUUCAGAAAGGUUGUUUUAGUAAUUAAAAAACAAAGCAACUUGCCAGGUUUAUAUGGGAAGAUUAUCUACAGAGACUGAGCAUAGUUGCUUUUCCCAUGGUGACUUUUACUGUUAAUAAGUGUACAGGAUCUAACAAAGCGCUCAAUGUAGUAACUUUUGGUACUCCACAGUUUCCUUUUAGACUAUCAUAAUAAAAAUAGUUACUUUCUGAUAAAAUUUUUUUUCUGUUCAGCCUGCAGAAUCUGGUUGGAGAAAAAGAUGGUGAUGCAUUCCUUAUGUUGCCAAAAUUAGAACCUUGCUUUACAAGUUAUCUUUGAUUAGGAUGUGUGAUUUCUCUCAAUAUGAUAUCUGAAAGCUUCAUGUAAGCAAUCAAUAUCAUCAUUUUCUGUGACUUAAAUGGCCUUGUAUUCCUUAACACACUAAUAAGGAGGGGCGUGUACUAUGGCUCCUUUUUUUUUUUAAGCUCUAAAGCAGCUUUUGGUUUGUUUUUGUAUUUUGGAAAUAAAAUUAACCAAAGUGUACGUUCUGGUUUGAUAGAAUGUGCAUGCUUUGGGUUUGCAUGUUAUACUAUCCAGUGCCCUUCAGUACCCAUUAGUGAACUACCACUAACAUGAUACCAAGACUUGCUUUGCCUUUAGCAGAGUAUCACAGAUCUACAUAUACAGGCACAAGCCUCCUUCAUUGGCCUUGUGUGUUAGAAAUUAAUUUUGGUGGUUAGUACACUUGAUAUUUAAAUGGACUGAAGAUUGCUUGGAAAGAAUAUCAGGGACCUCAUCUCCAUACUUUGCAGCAAAAUGAUGCAAUGCUUUCCCUAGGAGAGAUGGCAAAAGCAAAUGCUUGCCUGAGUUUUAUGGUGUUAGCAUUUGUUUUAAUUGUGAUGUGUCAAAGUUAGCAGAAAUGACACUGACAAGAAAUGAAAUUUAAUUGGAAGGUUUUUUUGCAAUAUCAUAAUGAAAUUUUAUGAUUUAAUGGAGGCAGAACUGGUUCAUAUUAGCAAGUAUGGUUUGGGUUUUUUUUUUUCGUUAAUCUGUUCAAUGUAUGUGCUGUAGAAGCAAGUACUUUUUGACUAAUCUUUAUAAAGAUUUGAAGAGUGUGUGUUGUAUUCAAAAAAUAACUUAUUGGCUAAGAGUUAAGUAUCUGAUUUUUAUAAUUUCUUGGGAUGAUCUGCUUACUAAUGAUUUUGAAGUGCUUUUAGAGAAAGCUCAUUUUAAAAGUUUUAUUUAUGUGAGAAAGCCAGUAAAGAUUACAGAACUAAUUCAAAUACAAGGAACAGCAUUUGUAGUUAUUUAAAUGAGACUUUUCUCUGCAGAAUAUACCAGUGAAACAGCUUUGUGAGUGAGGCAUGUGAUACCUGCCAGAAUUAGGAAGAACUGUUCCUAAAACAUAGCAGAGGGGAACUGUUGCCAGCGACUCCGCCUCUUGGGUUUCUAGUCUUCCCUUUUCCUUUCAUUCGUCUUUGCUCUCAUUUGGAAGAUGAGUUUUGCUUUAAAACUGAGGAUUGUGCAUCGCAUGUGGUGGUAGCAGUGCCAUCUGUCACCUCUAUCCAUAGAGUGCCCCAUCGUUUCUCAUCUCUACCCUGUUCCCAUCUCCCUUGUUCAUUAAUCAUCUUUCUUUUCUGUAUGCUCACCCCCAAAUUCUUUUCAUUUAAAUAUUUGUCUUGUGAUUGCCAAAAUUGGAAAAGAAAAAAAUAGCGUUUUGCUAAAGUUGCUGUUGGAAAUUCAUCCUGGCGGAUGGCUGGCUAGUUGAGUAACUUCUGAAAUACACCUCAGAAAAAAGGAAAACAUCCUUCAAAGUCACAACCCUUCGCAUUUCAAGGUUAAUCCAGUGCUUCUGUCUUUACAAAGCUUUUCUUCUGACCCAUCUUUAUGAAUAUAAAUGUGAAAAGUAGAGUUUGAAUAGGUAAGCCUGCUUGAGAAAACUUGGUUUUUUCUUUGGUUUUCAUACUUGUGACACUCACCUCAGUUAAGUUUACAAGGGCCUACAAGAUGGUCAGACUUGUCUUUGGUAUGCAAUUGUACCCUUACCCCAAUUAUAGUGUUUUGUGAUAUUAAAUCAGUCAUAUUCUGGUGAGUUAUCUAUAAUGUAGAAUGAAACUACAAAAGCAUUUUGAUUUAUAUAUUUAAAAUAUCAGUUGUGUGAUUGAUGUAGUUUGUUGAGUCCUUCCCUUGAGUGUAUUCUAAGUUGCCCACCACGAGAGUUGCUUGGACGUCAGGCAGAAGCUCAAAAGGAACUGAGAAGGCUGGGAGAGACGCUCAGACCGGGCGAGGUCAGGAGGAUGCCGGGAAGCACCUGCUUACACUUGUCACAGUUGAAUUCAGAAUCUAGAUGUUCCUUUGGUUUUGCAGGUGUCAAGUAUCCCUGGUAGCCUGACUGCAAGUACAGCAAGGUUUAGAGUGUCACUACAGGAAAGAAAAUCCAAUUUCCUGUCCUGGAUAAUACCUGGAGGAUUACCUUCAGACAAUCGGAUGGGCAAAAACAGGAGCUGUUUGCAUUAUCCUAGCACAGCUAUAUUGGCAGUGUGUUAACUGCUUCUAGAUAGACACAAUGAAUUUUUCGUUUUGGACUGAGGCUGAGUCUAAGAUAUAUUUAUUUAUAUGUCCACAAACAAUGUGUUUUGUGACCCUUGUAUAAAGGAAGCCUAAUUUGUGGUUUCAUAUUUUAUCUUUAAAAAAGUUGUGCCUUAACAAUAGGGCAUUGUAUGUUAAUAAGAGAAAAAUAAAACCCUUUUUUAAUAGGUGGGGAAUAUAGGAACUUUUUGCCAUUAAAAUUUAAGUUCUUUUAGUGUUUUUAAUAUUAGAGUUUGGGAAUUCAUUAAUGAUAAAAUUGAUAUGAAAUUAUUUUUGCAUAAUCUAGCAUUUUCAACUAAAGUACAUUUUUAUAAGAACUGGCAUAUUGAUGUAUAUAGGUCUGCAAUGAUAUUUCAUCUUCUGAUUCUCAAUUUCAGUGGAUAAAACCAUCCUUGGAAAUUUUAGUUUUAUAGAUCAUUUCAGUGUGCUAUAUUGAACCUUUUCUCCUAAUCAUCUAGUCCUUUUGAUUAGAAAAUAUUUAUUCAUGAUAGUAUGUGAAUAAUUUAUUAAUGUUAAGUUCUAUGUGUUGUGAAACAAACAGUUCCUAAGGUGGUGGAUUCUCGGUAUGGUCAGCAAUUACAGAGAGUGCAAGGAAAUCCAAUUGGACUUUGGAGGGAAGUGUUGGUUUUAUAAUGUGAUGGCUUGCCAAAAUUUAUUUUUUCGUUUCAUCAGAGCCUGGCAUUCAUCAGAGCCUGAUAUACGCAUUCCAAUUUACUUUGGGUUGUAUUAUUUCUCUUUUCUUUCAAAAGUUGUCUGGUGAAAUUAUUCUGUGGGAAUAUGAGAUUUUUAAGUUCCUUUGAGAUAAUGAAAGCCAAACUAAGAAAUUGAGAAUGAUGCAUCUUAUUAAAACAACUUUUUUGUAUUGUGUUUGUUAGGAUUUCCUAUAAUGUUAGAAUUUGUGUAAAUUGCUAAAGAGAUUAUGAUUUUUGAUUAGUUGUCUAUUAUGUUAAAAUUCUUUUUCAGGUGUCUAUUAUAUAUUCACAUAGUAAAUUUUUCUUGAGGAACAAAGUACUUACCCUAUAUUCUUUUAAAUAGGAAAAAACAUGCAGUGUGUUAUUAGAUCGGUUAAGCUAAAAAACAAUAUUCUGUCUUGUAGCCUUUUUCAUCAUUUAUGUUGUAUUAGGAGGGAGCAUCUAUGAACUUAAAUUUGUAUUCACCUGUGCUUCCCUUCACUAGUAGUAGUCAAAGUUAGUUUUUAAGUCUUAUCAGAAGAGACUCUGUUCUGCCAUGAUGAACACUGGCACUGUGGAGCCUCAUUUCUCCUCUGUGACAGUGUUAUGUGUCUCCAUGUGUUCAGUAUAUGCAGUGGGUCGAGUUUAGUUUACAUACACACAAAAAGAAGUUGUUUUUCCUUUUUGUGUCCCUGCCUCUUCGAACGUAACAUCCCUACUCCUGAAAGUUCAUUUGUUAUAAUCGGCUAACAAAGAUGAGAAAAAUUAUAAAAUCAGAAUACUUUACUUUUGCAAACUCUGUCUCCUUUCACAAAUGAAAGCUGUAGAAGUCGUCGACCUUUCCCUGUUCCAGAGUCCUAAAUAGACCGUGGUUUUCUUAGGUGCUUAGUGUGCGUGGAGCUAAAUUGAGAAAAUGUUGACUAGUUGACUACUAAUAGUAGUGUUUCAUGCCUCAGCUGUGGGAGCUGGUGGUUUCUUUGUUUCCUUUGCAAGUAUUUAUUUCAUUAUCACCACAUACACAUUGUUCUUAUGUUUUGGUGUUCCUUCAGGUACUACGCAUUGGCCAAUUACCUGUAGAAAAUGUGAUUCCUUACAAUAACAUAAUUGUCCCAAAUGGUUGAACUUUGCCAAAUGAAAUUUGAAUUCUGAAUAAAUUGAUCAUGUCUGAAA